CUCUGCUUAGAGAGCGCUCGAUUUAAAAAUUCUCUUUCUUUCCUUCCCUUCCCUUCGCUCUCUAAACAAAUCUCCGUCAAGCCUCGCUUGUCGGCCUUCCCCAUUCCCUUGCUCGCCGUCGUCUCUUUUCCCCUCUUCCGCCCCAUCUCCGCUCGCUCGGACACCGUUCCGGCGAGAUCCGAAGAUGUCUGGUGAUGUGGAGAACCCGAAAGCUCCGCUAGGCUCCCCUAAAUCCAAUGAAGUAAAGUCUACCUGGUCAAGUUACUUACUCGAGAAGACAUCUCUCUAUGGUAUAGCAGCAGGCUACUGUAUCUCAGCAUCCUUACUCUCUAUCCUCAACAAAUGGGCGGUCAUGAAAUUCCCGUAUCCAGGAGCCUUAACUGCUCUCCAAUACUUCACAAGCGCAGCAGGCGUCCUGCUAUUCGGCUCCUGCAACCUCCUAGAACAUGACAAGCUCAACCUACUAACCAUGUGGAAAUUCCUACCAGCAGCAAUCAUGUUCUACCUCUCCCUCUUCACCAACAGCGAGCUCUUGCUCCAUGCCAAUGUUGACACCUUCAUUGUAUUCCGUUCUGUGGUCCCCAUCUUUGUUGCAGUAGGCGAGUCCUUCUUCCUCCGCCAGCCAUGGCCAGCUCUCAAAACCUGGCUCUCCCUCGCCACAAUCUUUGGUGGGAGCGUCCUCUAUGUCCUCACAGAUUACCAAUUUACCCUCACUGCCUACAGCUGGGCUUUAGCUUACUUGAUCAGCAUGACAGUCGAUUUCGUGUAUAUCAAGCACGUGGUCAUGACCAUUGGCUUGAACACCUGGGGGCUGGUUUUGUACAACAAUCUCGAGGCGCUAAUGCUUUUCCCUCUCGAGUUGCUGAUAAUGGGUGAGCUGAAGAAGAUUAAGCAUGAGAUUACCGAGGAGAGUGAUUGGUACUCCUUUGAGGUCGUUUUGCCUGUGGGGCUGUCUUGUCUUUUUGGUCUGGCGAUCUCGUUCUUUGGGUUCUCCUGUCGGAGGGCGAUUUCUGCUACUGGGUAUACAGUCCUCGGCGUGGUGAACAAGCUACUGACUGUGGUGAUUAAUCUUGUCAUAUGGGAUAAGCAUGCUACGUUCGUUGGGACCAUAGGGUUGCUGAUUUGUAUGGUGGGUGGGAUUUUGUACCAGCAGUCUACUAGCAAUAAGCCUAAGGCUGCUGCAGAAGUAACGGUGAAAGAAACCGAGGGUGAGGGAGGAGAAGCAGAAGAAGUGCAGAAGUUGCUGGAGAUGCAAAGUAAAGAUGUUUCGGAACCUCAGCAAGGUGAAUGAGGAAGCAAAUCAUAGUUUACAUUAUUCGCCUUUUUGUUCUGAUGAGUUCAAUUCUGGGGUGCCGAAUUCGUGGAAUGCAAGUUUUCUGUUCCUUGUUGCCCUUGUGAUAUUCACAUACACAGAUUCUUUUGAACCUUGAAUGAGGAAAUGUUAGUUUCGAUUUUGAAAUUUGUAACCAAUCUCAUCAGAACAAUUACCUGUAGUAAAAGUGUUUAGUGGCAAAUAACUUUGAAAAGUGAUCUAGUAAUCAAUGCUUCUGAUUGAGUCUAA